AUGGCUUCUGGAGGGAUGGCGGCUACUGGCAAGCUCGCCAACCAAGUAACCGACUCUGAGGACGACUCUGACACUGAGAGCUCGAUCGGCAGCAUGUCUCGUACUUCCUCUGUAUCGCACACUUUCGAGGUGCCUUCCUCCAAGCGCCCGCUCGCGAAGCCGUCUGGUACAAAGGCCAAACCGACUCCUGUCCGCCGUCCCAUCAAGAAACGUGCACGGGAAGAGUCGGACGACGAGGUCGGAGGAAUCUCGCGCCCUGCUAGGGCCUCCGGGGCCGGGGCGCACGGGGCCGGGGUGCACGCGUGGCUCCGACCUCCCGACGAGGCGCAGCUCCUCCCAGCGCCCACGUACAGCGACGCCCCGACCGCGAGGACUUCCAGCGCGAAGGGCGGUGGCGAGUCGCCGCUCGUGAGGCACUCAGGUCAUCCAUAUCUUGCCAUUCGCGCCUGGAUAUGA